UGCUUUCACAAAUUGUAAACAGUUAGGAAGUUGCGCACGAGGAAUCCUCUUUAAUCCCAGACACAUGACGGUCCAACCGAAUGUUGGCAACUUUCCUCACAGUGACAAAACAUUUUUGUAAAGAAUAUUUAAUAGAAUUGAGCUCGGGAUAAGUGUUAUGCCGUCGCCAUUUACGCGUACUGGAAUGGAUGAAGGUGAGCGGCACACAGGAAUGGCGUCUGCGCACAUCUGGGGGAGACUUUAAUCAAACAUAUAAUCAUUCUGUGGUGUUAUCUCUCUAUAAGCAAAAGCAGUGUGUGUGGUUGAUCAUUUUCUCCCUCACAUUCAAAUAAUAAAGACAAAGAGGGGUUGUUUUGACGCAUAAAGGUCGAGGACGCGGCGGGAGUCGUGAGCAGGAGACUGACUCCAACUGCUGCACCCUGUUUAAAACUGGCUUCUAUUUACCUUUUACAUAAUAAUUCCUUCUUUUCCGUAAUCCAUUAUUAUGAAAGGCAGUGUUUGGAGUGUAACGACACAGAAAAACUGCGAGGUGAUGUUGCGUUUUUACGCACCAAAAUGCGCAAAAUGAUCCAAAUCAGAGAAGACCAGCUCGUGGCUUUGGUGAAUUUGAUAACCUCACUUCGCUGCAUUUUUCUCCAUUUAAUUAUGCGCUGCUGUUUACCGUCCCUUUUUUGCAUAGUGCGGUCACGUGUCGGCGCCCUGACCAAUCGGAGCGCGAGCUCGGCGCUCUUGUGGCGCGUCAGAGUGGCUUUACUCUCUGAGAAGCAGUGCGUCCUUUUUUCAGUCUGUGGGCUUUUUAAAAAAGAGCCAGAAGCUUCAAUGUUGGAUGCCGUGCUAUGACAACGUCACUGCUCCUCCGUCCUCGCUGGGUCGACCCGUCGGUGAUGUUCCUGUACGACAACGGCGGCGGUUCCGACGAAGUGAGCAAGAACAUGGAGGGUUUUGCUGGUGGCAACUUUGCUGCGAACCAGUGCAGGAAUCUGAUGGCUCACCCCGCGUCCCUGGCACCCAGCACGGCGUACUCGUCCAGCGACGUGCCCGCCCCCGGCAUGGGGGAGCCGGUGAAGCAGUGCAGCCCCUGCUCUGCAGCUCCCAAUUCCUCCAGCGCGUCCCUUCCGUACGGCUACUUCGGUUACCCGUGCAGAAUGUCGCAUCACAGCAGCAUUAAGUCAUGUGCAGCACCGUCCGCGCCCGCCUAUGGAGAGAAGUACGUGGACACGUCCACCUCGGGCGACGAAUUCACCCCUCGAGCGAAGGAAUUUACUUUUUAUCCAACUUACACUUCGAGUCCAUACCAACCUGUUCCGAGUUACCUGGACGUUCCCGUGGUGCCAACGAUCAGUGCGCCGUCAGAGACCAGGCACGAACCCCUCCUGCCCAUGGAGAGCUAUCAGCCAUGGACUCUCGCUUCCAACGGCUGGAACAGCCCGGUUUACUGCGCCAAGGAGCAGCCUCAGCCCGCACACGUGUGGAAAUCCUCCAUAUCAGACGCCGCGUCGCACAUCGGAGGAGAGUCUGGCUCUUAUCGCCGUGGAAGGAAGAAGCGCGUGCCAUACACCAAGGUGCAACUGAAGGAGCUCGAGCGCGAGUACGCCGCCAAUAAAUUUAUCACAAAGGACAAAAGGAGGAGGAUAUCCGCGCAGACCAACCUGUCUGAGCGACAGGUCACGAUAUGGUUCCAAAACAGACGCGUGAAGGAGAAGAAAGUUGUCAACAAACUGAAAACCAUCAGCUAGUUGAUCAUUUUUUGGACAAAAAUGGAAGAUGCAUUUAAGUUCGGGACAACAUGACUGAUUCGAUGAUCUCCAGGAGCCUCUGGAACAAACAUUUCGGGGUGCUGAAGGCCGGGCCCUCCACGAUCCUGCCAUUUGUUAAUAGUUUGAAGCAACAGGAAAAAAUAGCAGCAUUUCGUGUGACUUAUCCUUUUAUUCUAUUUUAUUUUGGCAUGCACAGAGUCAGCAGAAUGGACCCCUGCGUCAUAAAGGUGCGCGUCACAGAGAAACACCUUUUUUCCCCCUUUCACAAGAGUUAUAAAUGGAAGAUUCAAGGGGAAGUUUGGGAUUUGGGACCUUGGAAUGUUAAAUAUUAUCCAAACCCUGCUUCCUUUUAGGACCUCCUCACGUGCUUAGCUGUAUCAUCCUUAGUCUUAUCAUUCAAAUCGUGCUCCCAGGGAUCUCCAACAUGGUGGACGUCCUGCUUGUAAUCCAGUGGGAGAUGUGCGCAUGUCAAUCAUAGCUUUUAUAAUGUGUGCGUAUUCAUGUGGUUGUAUAUAAAUAUAAAAAGUAAAUUCAGGCAUGUGCUUGACUGCAGUAUAUCCGUGUUAAAGUCCGCUCCAAUAAAACAUGGACUUGGUUGAAUUUUA